AUGUUACGGAGAUAUUUACGCAGGCAGCGAAAGGUGAAUUGCCUCGCUCCGCUUGGGAGGUUGUCUGACCCUCAAGACUUUUGUGAAGAGAUGAACUCUGAAGACUUGAUCUUGACGGAUGGAUUCACACUUCUCGACGCAAUGAGCGCGUUCGAGAUUGGUGAACCUCGCAUGGACAGUGGUAUGAUCCUUCAAGAACAGCGUCGGCCACCCUUCAAUCCUCUGGCGCCGCUGCUACCACAGGAGCUCUGCUGGAUUGUAGAGAGAACUUUCGCAUGUGAGAUGGCGUGGCAUGCAGGAAAUAGCCUCUCGCAAACAGUCUACACGCUGCUUCACGUGCACUACCUCCGGGACAUUAACCCAGACUUCUUGCCACAUCGUCUGCGCCGCGCCGGCGACCCACAACGUCCGCUUGAGCUUAUUACUGUCGUGCUGCGGGGAGCAUUAUUUGGCAUGCUGAAAUCGUGCGACCUCAGCUGGCGGGAGCUGUCAAAAGGCAAAGUCCAUGAGAUUGAGGACUGGUUCGGAGAAAAAUGUGACGUAUCGCUAUUGGAGGGCGUCGCUGUCCAUUUUGCACUACGCAAACUGGAUGAUGCUUGCGAGUGGCUUCGCCACUCAGAUUUGCCUGCGUCAGAGAUAACACGACUUUGCAAUAGGCUGUUACUCCGCCAAACACUCGUCCAACUCUUGAUGUUGACACCACCCUUGGACGUCACUGAAAUGCGUGACCUGAUCACCACAGCGCGCGAGCUCUUGCAGGCGAUACGCGUUGACCCUAUCUCAACCCCAACCAAAGGUUCUCCUGCUCUUCUAGUCUUCGACCCCUUCAUCAGUCGCCGGCUACCAAACUUCAUGCCUGUGAAGGCCGUCGAGUUGCCCCAUCAAGAUGAAACCUGGGAUAUGCUUGAUCGGUUUUUGCGCGACUACGAAGAACUAAGCGUUCUUCUCGACAGUCUUCACGUCACGACAUGGGAGGUUGCAGGCUCUCUGCGUGUGUACUCUCAAGAACAGCAGGUUUCAGUAGCCUACCUCCGGUCGUUGACACAGUCCGUGGUUUUUGACAGGGACAUCAUUUUUGGCCAGUUUCCGCCUAUGUGGCUCGUGAACCAGUUCUUCGUCGAGACUAUCGGCGUGACGCAUGACAUUGUACUGCAAACCCUCGAGCUUGGUGAAAAUGCAUCCGUACAAUCUCUCGCUCGGGAUAUAGAACGGCGCAUUGUCGAUGUAUGUAGCGAACCACGACGCUAUUUAGCCAAAUCCAUCCUCCACUGGCACGAGCUAUACGAUCAGCUACUGCAGCUUGUUGCCCACUGUCCCAGUACGGACCGUGAAGACAACUCCAUUUUGGAGCUUGUGCCGAUGGCAGCUAGCAUGCGGCGGUUGGCAGCUGCGCGCGAGGUCAUCUUAUCCGCCUUCGAGCAGGAGUUGUACGCGCCAGAGGAAGUGCCCAUUGCAUACUGGUAUCUCUCGCGUAUACUAGAGACACAUCUUGAGUGCAUAGACGAGGUACUCGCCUUCACAGCAGAAGGAUGGGAAGGAUACGAAGAGAUAGCGUUUCAGGCGAGCUUCCUCACCGCAUUGCAGUUGAUGGCAGUCGCCAUGUGUGGUCUCACUUACAAGCAGGCGACGCUACCGUACGAGCGUACAGCGCUCAACUUCAUCCGCAGAUAUAAAUGGGCAUCUCGUCCAGAGUAUGAACCCCUUGUGGAUGCAGAGCCACUACCAGACCUCCGGCUCUUCUUCGUACAAGCGUCGGGACUUGCACAGGUAGAUGAUGAAUAUUUCUCUGCGUCUUUGUCCUUCCUGCAAGCGGGCGAUAUUCUGCGCAGCCUCAUCGACUCUCGUCGAACAGAAGGUCUUGCCGGAAUCUGGGCCAGCUCCCGCCGUGACCUCAUCACAGAUUUAGCUGAUGUGUGCAGGCGUCUCGAGGCUGUGCCAACAAGUACACGUGAAUUUGCGAAUUUUGACAACAAAAGCCUGAGAUGGCAGGAGCGCGCACAUCCUUGGUUUCCAGACAUCGUUGCAUGA